UCAUCAACGUCAUCGCCACAAUUGAAGAGAAGAAGGGAUAAUCUCUCUCUCUCUCUCUCUCUCUCUCUCUCAUCAACGUAAUGGCCACAAUCGAAGAGAAGAAGGGAUAAUCUCUCUCUCGCUUUCCCUCUCUCGCGCUCGCUCUCAGACAGGGCAAUGACCACGAUGGCCGUGGCGUCACGAACAGAGGGUUCGGACAGCUACUACUCCGGCUGCCGGAAAACAAACAACUGCCUCUGCGAAAUGUGCAUAGAGAGCAUAAAUGCCACUCUGGACCUCAUGCCCUCCAACCAACAUAGGAGUAACCUCGCCAGCGUAACGCCCACUUCCAAGAUCUCGUCCCUUCGCAGCGUGUCCCCUCUGGGUUUUGGAACACGGCAUUAUGAACCGCCGUCGCCAACGUCCAAGUCUUGUGAGGCUGUUGAAUCGUCCGUUACAUCAACAACUACAUCAGAGCCCACUGCACAUCCAACAGAGGAAGGAAGGAAGAAGAAAGGGAAAUUUGGUAGCACAGGCCUUGCCUUCAAGGGAGUCGUUGCAGCUUGCUGUUUCUUUCUGAUGGCAGAUCUUGCGUAUGUCUACCUCAGUGGAGUGCUUCUCAGAACCGCCUUCUCGCCAGAAGUUGUUCAUGGUGUUGCUGCAGAAGCGUCUCAUCUGCAAAAUGUCAGGGAUCAAGUUCAUUUUAUCCAGAAAAAGUUGAAAACGAUCAGAUCUAGAAAUGUCGAAGACUGCAAUUCUAUGGAUUCUGCUUGGGAAAUAAAGAAGGAUGGCUUGCUCUUACACUCCAAGUGCAUCUUAUACAAGUCCAUGGGAGAAGAAAUCAGCAUAUGGGGGUGGCCCCUUCAAACAGAAGGCUUGCUGGUUUCUGGACUCCAUCGCCGUUCAAUCACCAUAUUAUCCGGGCAACUUGUAGAGUGGAAGAAUGGUAAAAUGGAAUGCACAAUUCGGAGAAGAAACAGUUCGUGGACUGAAGUCGAAUUAAGCGCCAAAGCAGUGCAACUUGAUCCCAUGACCUGGAUGCUGGAACACCGCCAUCUUGCAUUCGGACGUGAUCUUAGGCUCUUUCCUGUAGUCAUCAAGGUUUGCAAAACCUCAGGCAGAAGGAUCUUUGAGUCCAUGAAAGGCAGGUUGUUGGUGCCCCUACUGAUUCAAGAACCAACAGCCACGCUCAUGCAAGACGAAGACUACAAAGCCCCAACUUGAGGAUUCUAAAUAACCACGUUUGAGACAGCAAUGAAAGUACAAAUGGACGAAGAUUUGUUUCCAUUGCUGUAUUCUGUAGUUAUUUUCUUCUCGAAAAGUGUGAUUAACAUGAGUUACAAAGAAAAACAUAUGUCAAGCCAAACCUUGUGUGAGAUAA